UACUAUGAGAUGUGCUGGUAUGUCCUGGAGAGGUACCUCCACUGUCUGACCAACAUCUCUCACCUCACGCCUGAGUUCCAAAAGUACUCUCUUCGUAUCGGACUGACCCCCUCUGACUUGGAGAUUAAUGAUGUCUCCAUGGACGAAACUUCAAAUGGGAUCAACAGUGACUCUGAAAAUGAAGUUAAUGUCACCGAAGUGGAAAUAAAGAAAGAAGAAAUCGAAAAACAAAAGCCUCAAGUUAACACACCUCGGCAUUUCCUGACCCCUUUUGAGUUGGAGGGCCUUUGGAACCUUUUAGGGAAGCUGGGGGAGCUUCCUGCCAACAAAAAGUGUGUUCCUGCUGGGAUUCAAAAUGCAGCAGCCCUGCUGGAGGACAUGAAGGAUGUCCUGAGGAAUUGUGCAUCUGAUCAAGUUAAGCUAGUCUACACUAGGGAGCCUAUUGUCAAAUGGCCAAAAAGGCCAUCAAGGUACCAGCCUUCUGCUCCCAAUCCACCUGCACCUGUUCUUUGUCGUCCUAUGGGCCCGUCCCUCCACAAGUCCCAGAGACCCACUAAAGGAACUUCAAUCUCAGCUCUGAGGCGCAGACGAGUCAGGUGCAAACGUUGUGCUGGCUGUCGCAGGAAAGAGUGUGGUGCACAAGGUUCUGAGGGUCCCGGUAGAAGGAGGCCCAGUGUAUACGGUGGCACCUGUUGACGAUGUAAAGAAGGUGAAGAAUGUGCACUGGGCUAUGCUGAAGCCAGUGGUUUGGGCUAGGUCACCUGUUGAGGUGAUUGCCUCUGGUGGACAUUCAGCGGAACAGGAUCAAGUGGAGUCUUCUGAGGAAGAUGACUGGGUACUAGUGAGAACAGGCCCGUUACAGCAUACCCAGGCCAGGGCGGCUUUGGUUUCCCAGCCGGCUCAGCUGUUGCACCCUGGAGUUCAGCUGGAUCAGGAAAUGCCUGGCUCUGGUGGGGUGCAGGCCCCUGUGGAGGAUUGGCCACCGUUGGCUGCGCCAUUGACACAACCUGAGGUCUCAGGCGGUACUAUCGUGCGACGGUCACAGCGUACAACAGUGGGGCGGCACUCGAAUGUUCACCAUCUCCUAAGGUUGGUGGGUGGCUCUGUGUUACAGCUGGCGGUGCCCCCUGAUCAGUUGUCUGGUGCUUGGAGUACUGUUUUUAGACCGUGGACUUAAAGGUGGGGUUAGAUUAAA